AUGACAACCUAUAUCAACAACUACGCUCAACCUUCGCCCACACCUAGGGAUAUACACCUUACGACCCCUCCUGAAGAGUAUGAUCUCAAUUACGUGUUUGAUGUGAAGGAAUUGAAAUCUGAUAAAGUUGAAUUGAGACCUAUUAUACCAUCCCUCCAUGCUCAGUUGAUACUCGAAGCAUACUCCAGAUCACCCGAGGUACUAAGAUGGCUUGGGUUCGCUCCAUUUAGGGAUUUGGGUGAUGUUUUGGUAUGGAUUGAAAAUACUUGUAGAAGGGCCUCUGACACACUCAUGCUGGCAAUCUUCACUCAACCUCCUAACACCACCUCACCAGUCGAUCCAAAGGAUUAUGUCUUUGCUGGAAUAAUCGGUAUGAUAGCGUCGAAUUAUCAAGCUAUGAUUUGUGAACCUGGAUAUAUAAUGAUUUUACCUGAAUUUCAUCGAACACACGUUCAAACUCACGCGACAGGUUUGGUGAUGCACCGUAUACUCGAUCAUCCAUCACAAGGUGGACUAGGUCUGAGACGAUGUCAAUGGAUAACUACCACUUUGAACAUUGCGAGUCAAAAUGCAGCUAAGAGGCUGGGAUACACUUAUGAAGGUGUACUGAGAUGUAUGAGGGUUUUACCACCUGGGAAAGAAGGUGCGAGAGAGGGCCGACAAGACGUUAGACAAUCUGAUGGUCAGGUUAGAGAUGAUUGGUAUGCUUCUGUAACGUGGUAUGAGUGGGAAGAAAGGGUUAGAAAACAUGUUGACAGGCUUAUGAAUAGACAGUAA